UAAAAUGAUCGAUUCCGUUUAUAAGCGCUUGCUCUCUCGCUUCAGCACUCCCUGAAGGCGGCAGCGGAUAGCAGCGAGAGGAGAAGAGCCAGAUGACGUUCGUCAAAACUCAAAAGGCAAAGGCUUACUUCAAGAGGUUUCAAGUCAAGUACAAAAGAAGGAGAGAGGGAAAAACUGAUUACCGUGCGCGGAUCAGGUUGAUCAACCAGGACAAGAACAAAUAUAACACUCCUAAAUAUAGAUUUGUUGUUCGUUUUACUAACACGGAUAUUGUUGCACAAAUAAUAUCUGCGAGCAUUGUUGGUGAUUUAGUUCUUGCUUCUGCCUAUGCACACGAACUCCCUCGCUAUGGACUUGAAGUUGGUCUUACAAACUAUGCUGCAGCUUAUUGCACGGGGCUUCUCUUGGCAAGGCGAGUCUUGAAGACCCUUGAAUUGGAUGGUGAAUACGAGGGAAAUAUUGAGGCCACUGGAGAGGAUUUUUCUGUCGAACCCACUGAUACUAGAAGGCCUUUCCGUGCUUUUCUUGAUGUUGGCCUUCUGCGCACAACUACAGGCAACCGAGUAUUUGGUGCUCUUAAGGGAGCGUUAGAUGGUGGACUAGAUAUCCCUCACAGUGACAAGAGAUUCGCCGGCUUUAACAAGGACGAUAAGCAACUUGAUGCAGAUGUUCACCGGAAGUACAUUUUUGGUGGUCACGUUGCUGCAUACAUGAGGAUUCUGAUGGAGGAUGAGCCAGAAAAAUACCAGGCACACUUUAGCGAAUACAUCAAGAAAGGAGUUAGCGCUGAUAACAUGGAGGAGCUGUACAAGAAAGUUCAUGCUGCCAUCCGUGCCAAUCCAAGUGCAGUGAAGUUGACAAAGCCAGAGCCAAAGGAGCAUAAGAGGUACAACUUGAAGAAGCUUACUUACGAGGAAAGGAAGGCUAAACUCAUUGAAAGAUUGAACGCUCUUAAUGCUUCUGCCGGUGCUGAUGAAGACGACGACGACGAGUGAAAAGUUACGAUGAGGCUACCCUUGCCAGUCCACUACUUUAAUCUCCUUAUAAGCAUUCAACCAAUUUGAUCAUACACUGAGAUUUUGACUGAUGCAAAUUGGUAAUUGAUUUUCUUA